UUUGUCAUUGCAUUUUUACCUGAUAUCAAUGAUCAAAAACGUUUGAACGAAAAUCGAUAGAAUAAUGAGUUUUAUUGAAAUUGAUGGAUUUCAAAUUUGUUAUGAAAAAUAUGGUCAUGGUCAAGUGGCUGUACUGAUCAUACCGGGUGCAAUCGGUAGAGCAAGCUGUGAUUUUGAUUUUCAAUUCGAUCCUGAUCAUCCAGGUUGUUUUGAUUUUAAUCGUUUUACAUUUAUUUGUGUUGAAUUAAUUGGCUGGGGACGAUCAUGUCCACCUGAACGUCCAUAUGGACCAACAUUAUUACAUGAUGAUGCUGAUCGUUGUGAUCGAUUAAUGCGGAAACUUGGUUACAAUGAAUAUUCAAUUUUUGGCUGGUGUGAAGGUACUAAAAUAGCUGUAAUAAUGGCACAAAAAUUCGUUAACAAUGUAAAGAAUCUUAUUCUACAGGCACCAUAUAUUUAUCAUGAUGAUAAAAUGACAGAAAAAUUGAAAAUAAUGCGUGAUUUUGCUAAUUGGGAUGCACGAUUACGACGACAAUAUAAAAUUAUUUACAAUAAUAAUGCUGAUCGUGCUGAAAAAUUAUGGCAAACAUAUGUUGAUUUUAUGAUUGAAAAAUAUAAUGAUAUCUAUACAGAUGGUUUACUUGGUCCAAAAAAUGAAAAUGGUCAAAAUCAAAUUGUUUGUCCAACAAUGAUUUUCAUUGGUGAAAGAGAUUUUUUCUUCACUGUUGAACAAUGUGAAAAUUUUACCAAAGAAUUUCGUAAUGGAAAAUUAAUUGUAUUUGAAGGUUGUGGUCAUUUUCUACAAAGACGUGGUGCGAUAAAAUUCAAAGAAAAUAUGGAAAAUUUUCUUUUAAAUAAAAAUUAAAAUGUUGUUAGUAAAAUAAAACGAUA